CAAGAACGGUAAAGAAGACCAGCUAAGUCUUGUGGCCAAGCUGACAAAUUUCAAAAUGAUGGACACGGUAGAUUACAUGACCGCGGAGGAUUAUCUUCCACUGGACAUUGCAGAGUCCAAGUUCUACUCCGUGGCAGUGCCGGACUUGCUGUCCGUGUUUCCCGCAACCACCAAGGUGUCUGAAGAUGUCGUGCCUGUCCCAAAGUGCUACUUCGCCACGAGUGACCAGACCUCCAAGAUGUCCGUACGUGUUAUGGACAAUCUUAAGACUCAGGGCUUCUCGAUCAAACCGUUCCCGCAACCGUUGAACCUCCAGGAGAUGAAGCUUGCAGUAGGAGCUCUGGCCCGGAUCCACGGUCUUUCCCAUCGACUGGAGCUCCAGUCUGGAGUCCCACUACCAGAUAGGUACGACUGGUUGUUGGACUUCCACCUUACCAAAGAAGAAUCGUACGGAGUGUCAUACAAAGAGGGGUUCAAGGGGUUCGCAGAAGCCUUCCCUGACGAGACAGAUCUGUUGGCCUGUCUGGAGAACCUGAACACUGUCCCGGCGGUGAAUGAGGCGGUGAAGGAUCCAUCGAGGGUAAAGGUGCUGAGCCAUGCGGACUGCUGGAACAACAACAUCAUGUUCAAGUACGAAGAGGAUAAAGCCAUAGACGUAAAACUGGUGGACUGGCAGACUCCCUCCUAUCUAACGCCGACCUAUGACCUGGUCGUCCUCUUCAUGUUCCAAAGUUGGGACAUUUUCAGCAACCAGCGGGACGCCAUCUUGGAACAUUACCACCAAGAGCUACAGACGACCUUGGGAGAAAACAAAUCUGCAGGACUACACUUGUACACACUGGAUCAGCUGAAAGCAGACUUCCGUGCUGACUGUGCGAUCGGGUUGUUUGAACGGAUGUUGUUUGCUUCGGUGCUACCCUCCAGUCAACAACCGGAACUACUGAGGAUUGUACAGGAAGUCAAAGACUGGGGUGUGAUCUAGCUGUUCGUUCUUUCCUUCAGGUUUCAUUCCUGUAUUACUCCAAAAGAAUCAGGCACUACAGAUGAUUGGGACCCCAAAGCGUGUUUUUAUGUUGACUAUGAAUUCCCUUUAAUCUAUCCGAACUGAUAUGAAAAGGAUUCGAGAUGAAAGCUUGUGUAUUACUCGCAUGGUUAUGCAUGAAAUUUUCAUGACCCGAGCGAUAAUUGUCGGACGUUUAUGCAUUUUUUUGUCCUGAGUGCCAGGAGUUUUUCCCAACUGUUUAGUCUAGUGCAUUUACGCUGACCCUUAGAUUAAAGGUGGGAUCUCAAGUACGAUCAAAAAUGCUCUUGAAAUAACUUUCAAAUGCAGGGAAACGACUUGUGUGUUGUGGCGAAAUCACUUGUGCCAUGUGGUGAAACGUGCUGUGACGAACGGACAAUACAAUGUGGCGAAACGACCUGUAACCCUAUACGUAUAAGGCUCACUUUGUAAGUUACCGCAAUUAAAUUACACAAGUGACAGAGAGA